UUUCAUCUUUGUGUUCGACCUCCACAACGCCUAUAUAAUGGCUUACGAAUGGGAAACAUAGAAACAGUACUUUCUAGUAGUAUCGCAGCAGUUUUUUGGGCAGCUUUUGUUGUUUCUGGAACAAUGUGGUAUGGUUCUUCUUCUACUCCAGUAGAAUUAUAUGGACCAACGCGUUACCAAUGGGAUUUAGGGUUUUUCCAACAAGAAAUUGAACGCCGCGUACAGAGCAGUAUUGGUAGUGGAAAAUCAGCAACAGCAGCAUGGUCUGAAAUACCAGAAAAACUAGUAUUUUAUGAUUAUAUUGGAAAUAAUCCAGCGAAAGGUGGACUUUUCCGUACAGGUGCUAUGAAUAGUGGUGAUGGUAUUGCUGUAGGUUGGUUAGGACACGCAGUAUUUAAAGAUAAACAGGGUAAUCAAUUAUUUGUUCGACGUAUGCCGACUUUCUUUGAAACUUUCCCAGUUUUACUUGUUGAUAAUAAUGGUGUUGUUCGAGCUGAUGUACCAUUCCGUAGAGCAGAAUCAAAAUAUAGUAUUGAACAAGUAGGUGUUUCAGUUACUUUUUAUGGUGGUGAAUUAGAUGGUGUUACUUUUUCUGAUCCCGCUACUGUUAAAAAAUACGCACGUCGUGCUCAAUUAGGUGAAGUUUUUGAAUUUGAUAGAUCAACUUUACAAUCUGAUGGUGUUUUCCGUACAAGCCCACGUGGUUGGUUUACUUUUGCACAUUUAAUUUUUGCUUUAUUUUUCUUUAUUGGACAUAUUUGGCACGGCGCUCGAACUAUUUUCCGAGAUGUUUUUGCAGGUAUUGAUGCUGACUUAGAUGAACAAAUCGAAUUCGGUGCAUUUCAAAAACUUGGUGAUAAAUCUACGCCUCGACAAUCAAUAUAA